AUGGCACUCGGAACAUGCGCCAUCUGCACAGAAAACCAGGCCAAAUACAAGUGCCCCACGUGCAGCGUGGACUACUGCUCGCUUGUCUGUUUCAAGAACGCAAAGCACUCCCAUUUCUCUAUCACUAAGCCUGCUCUGGAAGAAAGACCCGUGUCUCCAAGGCCUGUGUCUCCAGUGCCUAGGGAGAUUGGACAAACCCUGACACAAAUCUUCGAAAAGAUCGCCAGAGAUCCUGUGAUCAAGUCUCUCCUUCAGUAUAAGGCUCUCCAGGUCCAUCUCUCGAUUCUCCUCAAACUCUUGCUGGAUUCGCUGCUCACACGAGAACCCAUAUAUGAAAACCGCAAAGAGAUUGUCAACAUGAGGCUCUGCGAGCUCCGCAUGGGAGGCCCGGAAGAAAACGAGUUGGUGGAGGAGUUUGUGCAGCGUGUGCUUUAUCUACAUGACCUGGAAACAAAGUAG